GAAAACACAUCACAGGUGAGUGGAAACUGGAUUCACCCCUCUUUCCCCACUCUGUCUCUCUCGCUCACUCCUCCAGUUACAGUAAACAAAAGUGUGUCUGUUUCACUAUCUUUUGCUGAUACAUUCUUUAUAAAUAACGAUGCAGAGGUUAGCAUUCAGAUUCCCCCCAAAUCUCUUCAUCUUCUUCACUCUUUUUCUUCAUAGAAAGAGAGUGUUACACUUAUAAUUAUAUGUAUGUUACUAGUAGCAGCACUUCAUAAAGCAGAGAUUCUUCAUCCAAAUUCUUUAUCCCCUGUUUAUCGUAAAUAACACAUAUCAUAUCUUAUCAUAUCACAAUCCAAUAACCCACAACCUAACAAACAAUGGCUCUGUUCUCAUAUAUCCCACACCCUUCUCAAGCACUUCUGGGCAUCGCACUCUUUCUCGUUUUCAGAGGGGUUUCAGGGGCAACCUUUACUUUCGUGAACAAGUGCGAUUACACGGUGUGGCCAGGGAUUUUAGGCACGCCGCAACUCGCAAGCACGGGCUUUGAACUCGCCAAGGGGGGUUCCAGAAGCUUCCAGGCUCCGACCGGUUGGUCCGGGAGAUUCUGGGGCAGAACCGGUUGCCAGUUCGACAAUUCCGGCCGCGGGACGUGCGCCACCGCCGACUGCGGUUCCGGAGAGGUCGACUGCAACGGCGCCGGAGCCUCCCCGCCGGCGACUCUCGCCGAGUUCACCCUCGGCACCGGUUCCAUGGACUACUACGACGUGAGCCUCGUCGACGGCUAUAAUCUGCCGAUGAUGGUGGCGGCGAGAGGCGGGUCGGGGUCCUGCGCCACCACGGGGUGCGGCGAGGAUCUCAAUCGGCGUUGCCCAUCGGAACUGAGAGUGGAAGGCGGCGACGCGUGUCAGAGCGCGUGCGGCGCGUUUGGGAAACCGGAGUAUUGCUGCAACGGCGCGUUUGGUAACCCUUCGACUUGCAAGCCCUCUACUUACUCCGAAAUUUUCAAGUCCGUAUGUCCGAAAGCGUACAGUUACGCGUACGAUGAUGCCACCAGCACGUUCACGUGUUCCGGCGCCGACUACACAAUAACAUUUUGCCCCUCUUCUCCUAGUUUGAAGUCUUCAACAGAUUCGAGUCCAAAGGGAACGGAUUCUGGGUCCGGGUCUGGGUCUGGGUCUGGGUCUGGGUCAGGGAGUGUGACGGGGACAGGUUCAUCGGUGGAACAAUCUGAAUUGGCUUCUACUUCGUGGUUAGCCGACAUGGCAACGGCGACAGGGGCCGCGACGCGAGCAGGUUCUUUUGUGACUUCAAAGGUGGCUUUUUCGGUGGUUGUUGUUUUCAUUCUUUCUCUUUUGGUGGGUCCCUCUCUCUCGUAGUAGUGACGUUGCACACUCUCCUUCUCUAUCUUCUUUCCCUUUCACACAAACUCCAUCCAUACACAUUUAUCAGAACAGAGUACUAUGGUGAUGGCUAAAUUCUAUUUCUUUAAAUUCUAAAGUAAUGCUACAACAAGCGUUUCAAUCAUUUGUUGGUUAGGUUCCUCUAAU